AUGGCUCCCACCAGAGAAGAGCUGUUCACUUCAUUCCCGGACGAUGUUGCAACUGCACCGCUGGUGACCAUCAGUCUGAGAAAACUCGACUCUGACGAUGCACAAGAGAAAGAGCGACUAUUCGAGGCGAGCAAGUCGCUAGGGUUCUUUUACCUUGAUAUGCGAGACUGUGCCCAUGGCGAAGCUCUCUUGAAAGGCUCAGACGAUAUGUUCGACCUGAAUGAGAAGUUCUAUGAUCUGCCGCUUGAAGAGAAGACCAAGUAUGAUUUCGCAGCCAAGGGUAUGUAUUUUGGCUACAAGGGAAUGGGAGCAGAAGUCAUCGACGGCAAAGGCACAAAAGAUAAGAACGAGAUCUACAACAUAUCAAAAGACGACAUCCUCUCCAUCAGCGAUCCCCUCCCGGCACCAGCCCUCAUCACCAACAAUCGUCCAAACCUAGCAUCCUACAUCUACGCCAACAACGCAGUCCUCACAACACUCUUCACUUCUCUUGCUGCGUCCCUUCAAUUGCCACCCUCAGCAUUCAGCCUUACCAUCCUCUUCAAUCGCGUUGGCGGUCUGCAAGUUCUCCUCCCGAACACUUCAGAUUGGGUCUACGUAAGACCCAUGCCCGGCUGCGCGAUCAUCAACCUGGGCGACGCAAUGGUUAAAUUCAGCGCCGGGAUCCUACGCAGUAACAUGCAUCGUGUUGUCGCACCGCCCGGCACACAGGAGAACCUAGUGCGUUACAGCUUGGUCUACUUUUCGCGGCCAGAGUACGACGUCAAGAUGAAGAGGAUAGAGGGUGGAUUGGUUGGCCGUGUGGCGAACGAUGGAGAGGUGGAGGAUGAGAGCACGAGGGAGUGGCUUAAAAGGAGGCAUCAGGGGAGGAAAGUGCAGUUUUUUAAGGGCGCGGAGAGUUGGGAGGGCGCUAUGGGGACCGAGGCGAAACCACAGAUCGCAGCGUAA